AGUAGAUGUAUUUGUACAAGGUUAGGUUUUUAAAACCGAGUGUUUGACUCUUAAAACCAGGUAAGUGUUUGAGUAGGCCUCUGGCCUGUUGUAGGGUUAAAACUCAGAUCUGAAAGCAGACGCACAAACAGCCUUUCUCAGCCAAUCUCACCCUGCAAAAGUUACACAGUUUCAAUGCCUUUCUUCUAACCCGCAAAAUUUAAUUCUUGCUACAAACCUCAAACCCGAAAAAACCCAACAAAAAAGAAAAAAAUGAUACGCCCUUGUUUUCACAAGCUGAUUCUUUCCUCUACUCUCCAAGCCAAACAGCUGAUGAUUCCAGAAAAUUUUGUCAAAAAAUUCAGAGACGAUCUAUCCACCGUUGCUACACUGAGUGUUCCAGAUGGUAAUGUUUGGCGUGUAGGAAUAAAGAAGGCUGACAACAAGUUUUGGUUUCAUGAUGGCUGGCAGGAAUUCAUUGAACGUUAUACAAUCCGUGUCGGAUACUUUUUAACCUUCCGAUAUGAAGGACAUUCGUCUUUCACUGUUCAUAUAUUCAAUUUGACCGCUGCUGAGAUUAACUAUCAACCUAAUGCUCUCAGUAGUACUGGAGGGUCUGUUUACAGACAUCAAGUAUUUGAAGAAAUGGAAGACGAUGACUCUGUCGAAAUCUUGGGUUCCUCCCCUAAAUCUAUUGUUACUGAUUCAUUGAGAGACAAGCUCUUUGGUGACUGUGCAAAUCAACUGAUCCCUGGGAAAGAUUAUAAUCCUCCAGCUCUGCAGAAUUUGUUUAAUGGCUCCAAACCUAAGAAUUGUACAAAUUGGCCUGAUGCAGGGAACCUGCAUCCAUCAAAGGGUUCUGGUCUACAAGCAGGUAACCAAUCUAGUCGAGAGAUAGGAGUUCAAUUUAAUGUAACAGAGCUUAAAAAGACUGUGGAUGAAGUUAAAUUGCGUAGUUCAGGUGAAGAUAUACGAAGCAUGAAGAAGACUAUGAGAAAAAAACGAAAACUUGAUCCUACUGUGCAGGAGUCGUCUUCUCAACAUGAAAAAGAAGUUGAAAUCCGCUUUAGAUUUUAUGAAAGUGCAUCUGCAAGGAAGAGAACUGUGACAGCUGAAGAAAGAGAAAGGGCUAUUAAUGCAGCCAAAACGUUUGAGCCAGUUAAUCCUUUUUGUAGGGUUGUCCUUCGACCAUCCUACCUAUAUAGGGGUUGCAUAAUGUAUUUGCCAUCCUGCUUUGCCGAAAAGAAUUUAAAUGGAGUUUCGGGAUUCAUCAAACUUCAAUCCUCUGAUGGUAGACAGUGGCCGGUUCGAUGCCUUUACAGAGGAGGUAGAGCAAAAUUAAGCCAGGGAUGGUAUGAGUUUACGCUGGAGAACAAUUUGGGAGAGGGUGAUGUUUGUGUCUUUGAGUUGCUCAAGAUGAAGGAGGUUGUGCUGAAAGUUACUGUAUUUUGUGUUGUCGAAGCUGCAGGAUUUGUGAACCAACCUCCACAGCAAAAUGCCAGCCAAGCUAAAAUGAUUAGAAAUUAGCGGCUACCUGGCUGGUAAAUUUGGAUGUCUAAACUGUAUCAAAGAAUCUCCUCUUUGGGUAGUGAUCUGAUUUGUUCAUGUGGACUUAGUGGAACUUUGCAGGAUGACAUAGUGGAAACUUUUUUCAUUGUUUAGGAGUUUCAAUACAAAUUUUUGUGUCUUGACUAGCACUGUAAAUAGAUUGUGCAAUACUAGGAUCCUAAUCUUCUCAAUUUUCUUUUUCAUGGUGUUGUUAACUUUUGUUCAAUGCAUUUGUUUGUGCUCGACCA